AUGCCAACAACUUGUGGAUUUCCUAAUUGUCGAUUUCGUUCACGUUAUCGUGGUGCUGAAGAUAAUCGACAUUUUUAUCGUGUACCAAAGAAACCUGCAAUAUUACGAAAGAAGUGGCUAGAAGCAAUAGGUAGAACUGAAGAAACAAUUGUUAGCCAGCUACGAGUAUGCAGUGGUCAUUUUUAUGGUGGAGAAAAACAUGAGGGUGAUGUUCCGGUUGCUGAUCCAGCAGUUGAUGAACCAAUAAGAGUUGAACUACCUCCUAAAAUCUCACGUUUUCCAUCAACAGUGAAUAAAAGAAACUGUUGUGGUACUCGAGGUGGUGGUGGCGUUGGUCGAGGAAGAGGAUUGCAUCAUACUCAAGGAAUUAGAAAUAAGAUGUGUUUUUUAAAAUCAGGAAUGCUCAAUUACAUGACAAAACAUAAUAAUUGUUUAAAUAUGUUGGGAUCAUUUAAACCAAAGCACACAUUGGCAUCCAAUUCAACCCAAUCAUCUUCAAUUCUAAGAAACGAUCAUAAAAUUCGGGCUAAUAAGUCAACUAAUAUCAUUAACAGUAAUAAUGAUUCUAAUAGUCCACUGAUGUGGUUUAAUAAUUUAUAUUCUCCUCAUAUUUAUGAUUAUCUGAAAACAAUCUCACUAAAUACUUCUACAUCAUCAUUACCUGAAUUAAAUACAAGUAAAAAAUAUUUAUAUGAUCCAAGAAAACACUUCAAUUCAACCUCUAUUAAUAAAGAUCAAGCUGUUCUACAGAAUUAUUCAUAUCAAUCACCUCAACAAAUAAACUAUCCAAUAGAUAAAUACACUUCAUUUAUUCAUACUUCAAGAUGUCAUACUCCACUCACUUCAACAACUGUCUGUUUAACAAAUCUAAUUCAAAAUGAAAAUAGUAUAUUGAAAAAGUCUUGUAAUUCACCUUCCAAUAGUAAUGAUAAUAUUAAUAAUAUAAAUAGUAUUAUUAAUGAUCAUAAACCACAAUCUGCAUUCUCAUCAGUAACAAGUAUGUUUGAAAAUAAUAAUAAUAAUAAUAACAAUAAUAAAUAA